AUGUCGUCUUCCCAGAUCCUUCACAACAAACCUCAAGAAUACGAUAUGGCAGAUCUUUCAAAGCAUGAUGGGCUUCGCCCAAAUCCUGGUCACAAAGACAGCUCAAAUUCCGAGUUACCGGAUUUGAAGCAAGAAGAGAAUCGAACACCGCCUCAUGGACGAAUAGCAGGAGGUUCUUUCCUGGAAUCGAUGCGCGGCAGUGAUAGUGACAAUUCUGAAGACGGACCUUUGAAAGAGGUCAACAUCGACAUGCCAGAAACUCGCACAGAACUUAUCACUAAAGACGGCGCGGAAUAUAUCGUCCUCCACUUCACAGCCAAAGAUCCAGAGAAUCCAUUUAACUGGCCCGCAGGAAAGAAAGUAUUAAUCACUCUCUUGCUCUGUAUGAUGACACUUUUCAUCGGUUUGGCAACAACGGCAUAUAGCAGUGGUAUCACAGCCAUGUGCGAUGAUCUUGGUGUUUCAACGGAACUUGGACAACUGGGACUCUUCUGUUUUAAUAUGGCUUGCGCACUUGCACCAUUAUUCCUAGCACCCUUUUGCGAGUUGGUUGGUAGAAAGAUAAUUUACAUUGGGGCUUAUGCCGGAUUCAUCAUCGUUUUCAUUGGUUUGGCUCUCGGUGGAUUGUUUGGUUGUGUUGGUACCAUUCUCGUAGGUGGAACCUUCAGUGAUAUGUAUACACCUGAUUCGAGAGCUGUUCCAAUGGCAUGCUUCGCAUAUGUAGCAAUCUUGGGUACGGUCGGCGCGCCAAUUUAUGCCGGAUUCAUCGAUCAAACAAUUGGCUGGAGAUGGAUUGAAGGGAUUCAAGGGUUAGCAAACUUGCCUCUUCUUGCUGCAAUCCUCAUUUUCUUCCGGGAAACUAGAGGUGGUGUUGCGUUACACAAACGUGCCAAGAGUCUGCGAGCUGCAACAGGCGACGAGCGGUACAAAGCAGAGAUGGAUUUGGAGGCAAAGGAUUUGAAGGAGAUGCUUCACAAUUCUUCCGUCAAGGCCGUCAAAAUGCUUGCCACAGAACCUGUCGUCUUCGCCUUUGGAUUAUGGAUCGCUUUCGCCUGGUUCGUUACCUUUUUGUUCCUGUCGGUGAUCCCAAUUACCUUUGAAGAACAUCACGGCUGGAAUGAAGGUGUAGCUGGUCUACCAUACAUCUCCUUAUGUAUCGGUGUGACCAUUGCCUUCGGUUUAAACUUCUUCCAAAUCAAGAAAUACAAGUCGAUCAUGGCCAGUCAUGGCAACCAUAUUGUUCCAGAAUCUCGACUCUACGGCGCGAUGUGUGGUGCUUGUUUCCUCCCCAUCGGAUUGUUCAUAUACAGCUUCACCCAGUACGGCUUCAUUACAUGGGUUGCGCCUGCUAUUGCACUUGCACCAAUCGCGAUGGGUAUCUUCUUCAUCUUCGAGUCCACAUACAGUUACACAUCGGAUUGUUAUGGUGAAAAUAGUUCCUCCGCGAUUGCUGGACAGGGUUUGAUGCGUAACGCCUUAGGUGCAGUGGCACCGUUGUUUGCAAGCCAAUUCUUCCAUAAUGUUGGUAGCCAAUACGCUGGACUUAUUCUCGCUAUUGCUGGUACUGCCUUGACAUUUAUUCCUUUCGUCAUGUUCAAAUAUGGACAUCUUUUGCGAGCUCGAUCCAAGCUUGCUAAUACCCAGAAGGGAGAUCAAGAGCAAAAGGAUAAAACCGGUCUUUACCCAGCUCCUUUCGUAUGA